AUGCCCCAUUCCUUCAUGCAGGCUUCACUGCUUUUCCUCCUUAUUUUGCGUGUCCUAGUUGCUCCGUCAGUCAAAACAAGCGCAUGUUUGAGCAUGCACGCUCAUACUAUGCAUAGUCGAAUGCUUUCGUCGUGCGAUGAACCAACAAUGAGUACCUACCGAGAUGCGACGCAUUCCUUCCCUCGACAGAUACAUGCAGAAGAAGGGAUCCAUAAGGAGGACAAUCGCAUGUUUCUACUAGAUUCCUUCGAUAGUUCCGCAGUUCACCACCGUUCUGUUAGCUCGCAUUGUCACGAUAUCUCGCGGCUGGACAGAGAAUUGCCACUAGGCUUGGAAUUUAAACCUGCGGAAUGGGACGUUAUUUGUGGGAGGGGGAAAGCUAGUUUCGACCAUGUCGGAAACAGGCGACUGCGGCUCCUUGUUGCCAAUAGCAUGCAUUCAUAUGUAGAGGCAAAGUCUAGAGUUGAUAAAACUGCCAUAGUCCAAACUAUUGUUGAGCAGAUACGCGAAGCCAGUCCUAAUGGAGGUUUUGUGAGAAAAGACGACUUCGGCGAGUGGUACGAGAUCGGAACAAAAGCUGCAAGGGAGAAGGUUGGACACGCAAUCCGCGACUGCUUGACAGAACCUUUGAGGGGCAGAUCAUUGAGUACCUACCAAGAACGACUGGAAAGCCUACAGGAAGUACAGGACGAAGUGUUUCGUUCUCUGAAGAUUGCUGGUAUUCAAGAAAGAGAAGGGCAAGCAAACAGUCCAUACAAACAAAAUGGGUCCGCCUAAUGUAAAUCGACGAAGAAAAGUUACUCUAUCGAAGAUUUUCAAGGAGAAGGUCGAGGUUUGUAACUGCUCAUGAUCCAUGAAUUCCCUCCGACGCCACCAGAUUCAGUAAAUGCCUGUCCUUGUCCUUGAGUUUAAAGAAAGGAAAGGAGCAUAAAUGCGUCCUCUCUUUAACUCUUCUCCUACUAGCAUGAUCUAGAUAGACCGUGCUCUUUAAAAGAGAUAGUAGUUAAUAUUUUGAGUUG